UUGUUUUCAGAGGAAAGAGGAAUAAAACAACGCAGACUGCAACACGAAGGGCCGUCACCAUGGUCCAGCUGCAGCUCUCCACACUGCAGCAGCUGAUGGACUCAGGCUUUGGCCGUCCUUUCCCCCGGCACGGACUCCAGCUGCUGUUCUGGUUCGCCAACGACUGUUUGACCUGCGAGGUCAUCCACCUUGUGUCUGUCAUGAAGCUGGUGCCAGACUGUCAACCGGAGAAAGGAUUCUAUGGUUUCCACCUGUUUGGGAAUGUCGAGGAGAUUCUGCCGGUGCUGAGCAGGUCCAGGAACGGCAGGAGGAAGUACGCCUACUUUGAGGUGGGGAACCUGAACGCUGAAACACACCCGGGCUCUGCGGACCUGCCGGCGUACGUGAGGGAGAAUUAUGAGCUGGAGGGAAGCUGCAGAGACGACAACGUGGACCGGCUCAUCAUCGGGUACCGCGUGAGAACCGGAGCGGUGGAGGUGCUGUUCGUGACGGAGCACGACGCUGCCGCCGUCGGGAGGUUCAGACCUGACAGGACUUAUCGGAUCUCCUGGGACCUGAUCCGAGUCCUGCAGAGCCCGGACCUGGACCUCAGCUCCUUCCUCACCCAGGUGGGGUACUACGAGGUCGUCCGCGCAGGACGGGGGCAGUACCCGGACCCCGAGCUGGUCUUCAACAUGAUGACCGGCGGCUUCACACCAAUGACUCAGCAAAACCAGGCCUUUGUAGUCUUCUCAGAAACCUUCAGCAGGACAUUCAACAUGAACGUGGAGCCCUCCAGCUGCAACCGGCGGGGGAAUCUCUCCCUCCACACGAACACUAAACCCCGGAAGCCCAGAGCCAUCAGGAGGAUUCACAGCCUGCCCAGCUGGACUCCACAUCACUACCCAGCUUCUCGGUCGGGCGCGGCGCGCGGCGGGGACGGAGGCGGAGGCCUGGGCCUGAUCCGGCUCCUGCUCGGCGUCGGAGCGCUUUACCUGGCGGCCAAGUGUUUGAGCUGGUGUGUGGAGAGCUGGUGGGAGGACGACGCCAGCGACGCCCUGCUGAAGACGGCGCCGUGGAGGACGCCCAGCUUCCCACGCUCACACGUCAUGCUGGACUACGUGUACUGAGAGCGCCAGCAGGACGUUUGUGACCAAGAGAAACACGUCAGCUGAUCCUGCUGACUAUUUUAAUCCAAUUUUGCACAGUGUGAAAAACUCACGAAGAAACCUUGAUGUAUUAAUCUCAUACAGACUUCAUUUUUAUUUUUCUGAAUAUUUGUAUCAUGAUUAUUGUCAUGAUAAUAAUGAAAACACCUCAAUCAGAUCAAAGACUUGACUAAAACUGCACUUUACAGCUUCCCCACAACUGAAAAUAUUCAAUUCAGUAUGAAGCUGACAGAAUGUAAUGUAUGACCACAUUAAAGGUUCCAGGUUUGUGGUAUAAUCCUCUUAAAAAUUUGAGAAAUGUACUUUAUGCACUUUCAUUAACUUUACCGUGUUUUUUGGGCUGAUGAGUUCAGAAGCAAAAUACAUAGCAAAUUGUUUUUUAUAUUGUAAAAACCAGAAUCAGACCCUUUACUCUAAAGUAGAUCUGGAAACCUCCCCGUGCUCCUCAGUGUUGGUCUCCACUGUGACGGGCGUGGUGGGGGGACUGCUGUGUUUACACAUUUUUAAGCAAAAACGAGAACUUUUCAUUGUGGUUUUUGUGUCUAUUUACACGACAAUAAUGCUCAGAACCAUUGAAAAUCCAACCUUCUGAAAACAUCUCCCAAGGCGCAACGUUUUGAGAACACUCCGACUUGUUCAUGGAAACGGGGGAAAGUAAACUUUUUCAGACACUGCACACCGUGGCCAGAUGGAAUAGUUCUUCCUCUCCCGUCUGUCCCUGUGUCUUGUUGGUCUGUUCUUCCAUGCACUUCUCUUCUUGUCUGAUGAGUUUCCCUGCUUUAUAAUCCAGCCUUCAUCGACCUUCUAAGAACAAGUUUUUCUUUGUUGUAAAUAAA